CCCUACCCUGUCAGUGUGCGUAUCAUAGUGAGUGUUGCCCCUGUGUUUACCGCUUUACUGUGUUUGUGAGUGCUGUGAUGUGAUCUGUUCCGCGUUCCGUUAUGUGUUCUAAAGUAAGCGCGUCACCGACCGCGGAAGAAUUACUUUCUAAGGAGCAGAAUAUAGAAGAGCCGCCUUGUAAGGAAAAGAAAAAGAAGAAGCAUAAGGAGAAGCGUAAGCGUUCCUGCUCUACCGACUCCACGUCUUCUAAUUCUUCUCAUAAGCGGCAUAAGAAGAAAAAGAAGAAGAGGAAGAAGGAAGAGGACCCUCCAUCUCCUAGGGUCAAUCCUAUCUUUCUUUGGGUCAAGCAAGACCAUACUAAAAUCGUCGAAGUCUUAUGUGAAGAUUAUGAUAAGAGGAAUCGUAUAAGGCUUACUAAAACAGCUGGUGGAUGGGUUGCGAUUCCUAGAACAGCAAGACUCUGCCCAAUGGCUUCUAAUAAUGAAGAGACUGUAAACAAAACUACCCCACCCCCUGUUGAAGAGGACGAUGAAGAUGACGAUGACGUCAAAGUAGUGGAAGUUGCAAAGGAGGAACCUGUUGUCAUCGAAGUUGAAGAUAGUGAUGAUGAAAAUAAAGAAAUGGAGUGUACUGAGGACAAAUGUUGUGCAGAUUCAAAUGUCGAUGAAAAUCACAAUAAUGAAGUCGAAAGGCCUGUUGAGUGCAAUGAGUAUUGUGCUGCCGAAGAAGAGGAUGAAAUUGAAGAGGUAGUCGAAAAAGAGGUCUUGCAAGAGGAAGGUGCCACUAAAACCCAUCAAGAGAAUUGUGAAAAUCUCAUGAAUGAGUUAGCCGACAUGUGUUUUGUGGACAAUUUCAAAGAAGAGGAAGAGGAUAGAGUACUUGAAGAUAUAUAUACAUUUGUGCCAUCAUCUCCCGAAGUUGAAAAGGAGGAAAUUGAAAGUUAUGUGCCGGUUCAUGAAAUUAAGAAACCGGCUACUCCAGAUCCGGUACCUAUUAAUCUCGUUGUUCAUCCAGAUAGAGAAGAGGCAGAUACCAAAGUUCUGAAAGAAGAACCGCUGAAACAAAGUGAACUGGAAAGUCUAGACAUAUUGUGGCGGCUGCCGGAGGGCACCACUAUCAGUCAUUCCAAGCCCCUUGUAGAUGCCAAACCCGCCGAGCAGAGAUGCAUCCCACAGUUGAAACCUCAGCCGACCUUCUGUCUACCGGUCCAGGAAGAGCCCUUAAACCUUGGAAAGCCUAAACCUAAGGAAGAAAAGAAAAAGAAAAAAGAGGACUCGAAGUUAAUGGAGCUUUUACAGACGGAGGAACGGCCGCCAAGUAAUGCUCUGGAUCAACUGAAAGAAGUUCUGUCGGACCCCGACCUAUCCGUUCCUGACCCCCUUCUAGUCCCGCGAGGUCGGUUACCCGCACUCAUCGCCAAUCCGGCUAAGGAGAUACCUAGGCUACUGGCCCAGAAGAGGGAAAUAAAAUAUCCUAAAAUCGAUGCUGAUCUGAUGGUAGUAUCCCUGUCUCACCUACAGAGUAUUCUUCAGAGGUCGGGUGGUGAGGAGGACUUAAAGCCCUAUCAGCAGCAAAUGGUCAAUUUCAGCCCUGAAAUGGACCCAGCGACGCUCAAUCAGAUGCUCUGGCUUCCUUAUCUCAGCCAACUAGAAAUGAAGCAGAACCAGGAGCUGAUGACCAUGCUGUACCCUCACUACAUGUACCCACAGCAGUACACGCCACCACCCGCCAGGUACCCCUACGCGAGGCCGCCUUGGCCUAGGGCUGAAACCUCCAAGCCGAAUCCUCCUAUCCCCUCUCAGACCGAGCAGCCGAAACAGAAGUUGAGGCUCAAGGUAAAGGAGCACCUCAUCGACCCGAACUUUAAGAGGACCAGCCUACUUAACCUGGACCCGCAGCCAUUCAUGCCCCCUGUCGGAGUACCGCCAAACUCCAACCUCUGGCAUCCUUUAUUCAGCAGAAACGCCCGGUUAGAGAUGAGAAGAUUCUCACCGAAAUCAGCCCGGACGGCAAAUACACGAGUCGUUGGAACUGGACGACUCCAGUGACCGUCGGAGAGUGACACAGAGGAGCCAUGGCACCCAAACUGGCUGUGAUCUAAUUAUAAAUUGUAAUUAAUUAUUUACUAAUAUAAUUUUGUUAAUUAAGCUACUUGUUGAUUUUUUUUUUGUAAAAUUCAUUAUUGAAUUUGAAAAAAAAAAAAGAAGAGAUAAAUCGAAAUGUUUUAUUGUGCCCCUAUGAACCUUUAUAUCUUUGUUGUUUAAGUGAGAAAAGGUUUACUAUUGUUUCUCUUUGUAGAUUUUUUAUUGAUUUUGAUUUAAUAAUUUUUUUAAAAAUUAUUAUUACUUCUAUAAGUUCAUUUUGAAUUGUGAAAGGCUGUUUAUUUUUUAGUUUAUAUAAGAUUUAUUUCUGGCCUUGUUUUUAUUUUAUAUACCUUGUUAUGUUGUUUUUGCAACUGUUUCCAAAACAACCCAGGUAUUUAUUUUGUUCCUCAGCCCCCUCAUUAGAUUACUAACUUUCGUAUUAGUUAACUGUUAAGUUUGUUUCAAUAGUUGAAUGUUUUAAUUGAAAAAUGAGAGUUGUGAAAUCGGUCUAAGGAACAAUUUUUAUUUUUAUAAAAAAAUAAAAUAAAAUAAUUCAAAGUACUCCUGGUUUUUGUUCUGCAUAUUAUUUUGUUAUUGUAGCGCAAAUGAAACUAACAUGUAAAACACCAUGCAUGAUUAACAACUGAUUUCCAUCGUUCAAAGUCAUUACUCACCGAAUCCAUGUGGGAUGAGAUACGUGCUGUUGAUUUUACCCAUUUCGUGGUUAAAGAUGAAUUACUUCGUCCUCUUGUGGAUUUUUUUUUUGUUGAUGUAGUUCUUUCCUUGCCAUUAAAACUGCAACUCCUUAUUGCAUACAUAAAAUCAUUAACAGCAAUAGAUACGGAGUUUUAAAAUACUAGAUUAUAUAUAAAUGUUUUUAUGGAAAUAAUAUUGUUGGAAUGGAUGUAAUUGGUGUUCAGUGUCAUAUUGCAAUAUCUGUUAUGAUUCUAGUUGUUAUUGAUGUUAAUGAUGGAUGUUGUAAAAAUAGCUGUCAUCGAAACCUGGUCUGAUUAUUACAUGUUUAUUAGAUAAAUAUUGCCCUGGAUUGAUUUGAUUAAUGUUUUGUCAGUUGAGUUAGACUUUGUGAUAUUUGUAUAUUGUAAGUUUAUCAUAUUAUUUUGUACUAGUGGAUGUAUUAUCUUUGUGAACUGUAAUCUCAAAUACAUCUUUUUGUUUUAUUUUUUUGCAUAGCACGUUGUAUAACUUUUGAAUCGAGCUCCUUGACCGUAUAAGUAUUUAUUGUGUAAAGAUUAAUGUAUAUAUAGUGUCUAUUUUCCGCAUUACGGCGGUCAUGUACGGUCAGAGGGUUCAAUUUAUAUGUUUAUAAAUGUCAUGUUUCUGUAUAUUUCCUAUUGGGCAGAUGAAAAGUGUAAAGAAAAAAAAAAAAUGAAAACACAAAAGGCUGUCCGAUAUAUAUCAUUAAGACAAUAUCAAUGUUAACUAUUCCAUACUUUAAUUGUACAUAAUCAAAAAUUGACACUGCGCUCCAUGAGUGCCAAUAUAUAUAUAUAUGUUAAGUAUUUAUGCCUAUAUUAGCUAUCUCUUUGUACAUAAAUCCUUACCUGUUGAGUACAUGUUUUAUUGAAGUAUUUUGUGUACAGUCCAGAUGAGGAAAUGUGCAAUCUUUUUAAGUCUUCUUAUUUUAUUGAUGUUUUAUUUUGUUUGAAAGUAUUUUUUUAAAUAUUAUAAUUACCAAAGAUAAUGUUUUGCGUUCUGUGUACAGCAGUGGCACCCUAAAUCUACACCAGCCACACUAAUGUUACAUUCCUACAAUACUUUCACUUUCUUGCGGUUAUUAACCUUAUUAUUAUAUAUAUAUAUUUUUUUUUUCCAUUCUCGUCAUCUAGACAAUAUAUUUUUCUGUUCGACUUAUAUCUUUUACCCUGUACCCCAAAACUAACGCUAAACGCAAGCAUGCCUCUAUGCGCUUAAUCGAUUUCGAAACUUAUUUUUUUAUCAAGAGAAGAUGUACAAUGUAUAGGUUUUCAGAUGACUGUAAAUGAAUAGUCCUUAAUGUAAGUCUUAAAUGUUAACUAUAAGUGAAGUUAACUAUCAUCAACAAUAUGUUUAGUUAACUUUAGUUGACAACAAAAUGUUAGUUGAGAUAGCUGGUUAAUUGUACAUACUGAUUGGUCUACUUUCCAUGUUCCACAAGAUAUCGACUGUGUUAGAAAAGAAAAAGGAUAAAAUUUAAUAUUAUUAUAAACAAAAUAUAUGGCUAUAUCAGAACAGGGUUAUGCCUGUAGUUGAUCAUUAAAACAUAGUACCAAAAUUAA